AUGGAUUCGCCCCAGACUGUCGACAAAAUGGAAGAGAUUCACAUGCCUGACUGCUUGCAUUCAGGAAAGACUUGGCGGGUGUCACCCGCUUCAAGUCGGGCCCCUUCCGAGGGUUCCAAUUCCUCACGCUGCAGUAGUCCAGAACCAGCUCCAGACGAACCUUGCAGGCAUCGGACAUGGGCGAGUCUGAUCGCUAUCGUCGCUGCAGUCGUGUACCUCACAGCCACCCCCGGAGAUAUGGUCUAUGAUGACGUCAUAGCCGUCAAGGAGAACCGCGAUAUACGCCCGCACAGCCCCAUGCAGAACAUCUUCAGAAACGACUUCUGGGGUACCCCAAUCCAAAAGGAGCAUAGUCAUAAAUCUUAUCGACCCCUCACAACGUUGACGUUUCGAGCCAACUACUUGCUAGAUGGACUACGACCCAUCGGUUAUCAUGCGGUCAACGUAGCUCUGCACUCUGCUGUAAGCGUACUCUUCAUGCGUUUGUGUUUGAUGCUGGUGAGUACGCGCACGGCGCGUGUUGCAGCUCUCCUGUUCGCCGUGCAUCCUUUACAUUCAGAAGCGGUUGCUUCGAUCGUUGGUCGGGCGGAGUUGCUCUCGGCCCUCUUCUAUUUGUGUGCCUUAGUCUAUUACAUCGGCAACGACCAUGAGAACAGCUAUGGAAAACUUAAUGCUACGCGAUGGCAGUAUUACUUGAAUACAGCCUUGUUGUCCGGGGCCGGUAUGCUGUGCAAGGAACAAGCGAUCACGGCGAUUGGGGUGUGUUGCGUCUACCAGGCCUUACGUAUCCGCCAGAACGCCCAUCGCUACGAGAGUUGGCAAACGGCGGCAUUUAAGCAGACGGCGGGGCUUCUAUCGACGGCAGUUGUGAUCCUUGCGUUUCGGUUGUCCAUCAUGGGAAGUCACAUCCCAGCAUUCAGCAGUUUGGACAACCCGGUGUCUACGAUGGGUGUUUGGGUGAAACAGCUGACGUACAAUUAUUUGACAUCUCUGAACGCUGCGUUACUCGUCUUCCCGAGUCAGCUCGCUUGUGAUUGGACAUCUGGGAGCAUCGUGCCGGUCACCUCGCUGUUCGACUGCCGGAACGUUUCCACGUUGAUUGUCUAUAGCUUCAUUUUCUUCGGCGUCCGGAGUUUGCUCGUCGCUAAGAGACAAAACACCGGAGCGUUGAUGGCGGUCGCAAUGGCUGCGAUUCCGUACCUACCAGCUUCAAAUGUAUUUUUCCCUGUUGGCUUCGUGAUCGCCGAACGGGUCCUGUACUUGCCAAGUAUGGGAUUUUCGUUGCUUGUUGCUCUUGGAUGGAACAGAUUCUACUCAUCGGGUGCUCUGCGGUCCGUCUCCGUGGCAGGAAUCACGAUGCUCGUGGUGACUCAUUCGGCUAAGACAGCUCUCAGGAAUCUCGAUUGGCAAUCGGAAUAUCGUUUGUAUUCCUCGGCGCUCAAGGUCGUUCCCGGAAACGUGAAAAUGUGGAAUAAUCUGGGUCGUUUCCACGAGAAAAAUUUCAAUAUGCUCGAAGCCUACAACUACUACAACCAAGCCAUGAGACUGCAACCCGGGGACGUGCGAGCCUAUCUGAACAUGGGUCGUCUCCUGACCAUAACAGGGAAAACUGACGAAGCUGAAGAAAUCUACCAGAGGGCGAGAAGACUCAUACCGACUCCGAACCAGUCUCUGACGAACCGAGUCACAGUCACGCAAUCCCACCUGCAAGUGUUCCUCAACCUCGCCGUACUCAUCGCUGCCAAUGAAUCGCGGGUCGAAGAGGCGGAUUAUUUGUUACGCAAGCUCAUCGAGCUCCGAUCCGACUUCACCGACGCGUACCUCACGAGGGGAGACUUCCUGAUGCGACACAAUCGAACAACCGAGGCCGUUCGAAUGUACGAGAAGGCGGCUUCCAUCGAUAAGGACAACCCGGAUACGCAUUACAACCUCGCGGUGAUGUUCAUGGACCAAGGCCGUAACGAAGAAGCUCUCUCGUUAUUCAUCAAAGCGCUGGAACUCGACCCGAUACACGAACCGUCACUUGUCAACUCGGCCCUCCUCCUUCAGGAAUCGGGGCUCACGACAACACAUCCGGCCAUCAACCAGAGAAUCCAACUGAUGCAGCGUGUGGAAGCCCAGAGCCCCGAGAGGAGCUACUUCAACCUGGCGAUGUUGGCUCUCGACAACAAGGACUUCGCCACGGCGGAAGACAAUUUCCGAAAGGCUAUCGAGAUCAAAUCAGAUAUGCGGAGUGCGCUGUUCAACCUGGCGUUGCUUCUAUCGGAACAGCAGCGCCCUUUGGAGUCGAUGCACUAUGUGGAGUCUCUCCUCAACCACCAUCCGUUCCACAUCAAGGGACUGCUGCUUCUCGGGGACAUCUACGUCAAUUACCUGAGGGACCUGGCAUCGGCCGAGGAGUGCUACCAGAAAAUCCUUUCGGUCGACCCCAACAACGUCAAAGGCUUCCACAAUCUCUGUGUCGUGUACGUCGAACGCGGCGAGCUCAGCCGGGCCGAGGGCUGCUUCCGUCGGGUCGUGUCCCUCGACCCGAACGCCGAAUACGUUCAACGGCACUUGCAAGUCACUCAGACGCUGCUCAGAAACAAGUCGGGUCUCGAGCCGAGCACGGAGCAGCUCCUUCAGCCUCGCUUCGUCACCCACGUCAGCUAUCGCUGAGAGCGAUCGAUGGGCGGGCGAUUGGUUUGCGGAUCAAUCAGAAACUCGAGAAGACGGCGGGCAUUUGUUAUGUCGAACUUAUUAGUCCACAGUGUAUAGGCCAAAUGACAUCGACGGACGUUCGAACACCGAAAAGGAAGGCAGGAUUCAAAGUGUAAUAGGAACGGCUGCUCCCCCUGGGUAGAGGGAGUCGCGCCCGGGGACUUCUGUUGCCCUCCCCGCGGUCAUGUUCUCGGUCGCAGCACCUCGCUUCGGAAAAACGAGAAAAUCUAAGGCAAGGAAGCCUCUCCGAUCGUAUUUUUCUGCGUGUUCGUGAUCUUCUUGGAAAUUGAGAUGCGUAAUCUUCCGUCGUGACGGUAGCGGUCUACGUUUCGAGAAUUCUUGGUUUCCAGCCUUGAAUUCUCCCAUCGGAAAUGCCGCCGAUCGCGCCAAAUGUUCAUAUUAUCUCUCGUACUCGGUGUGUAUAUAUUUGUGAAUACUGCGAAUGUAAAUUCUAUUUAUUGAUGGAAGAGAGCGAGUGAAAUACGGGAGAAAGAAUUGACUCCAUAUUGAUAUUCUGAUAUUAAUAAAAGUUAUAUAUUUCU